AUGGACGGAGGUCUGAAGAAGGAAUUGAAGAAGCUCGAGCACGUCUAUGACUACGAACGAACCGUGAGCCUUGGUCGUUAUGUACGUCGGUCCGGAGAUGGUCCAUCAGAUUCGAAAACGCAAAAAGAUACCGUUCAUUUUGCGGACAUCUAUGCAAAACCGAAGCCCCCCUCCACCGGCUUCUGGGCAUCACGACUCUUGGAUCGAAUCCGGAGCAGUUCUGGUGCGGUGAGUAUGGUGAUGGGAGAUUGGAUAUUUCUCGCGGUUCUGGGAAUUGCUGUCGCAUUUUUAUCUUCUUCGAUCGAUACGAUCGUGUUUCAUUUCCAGACAGUGCAAGAAUGGAUUGUUCAUAUCGCGUCGGAGGAAGAAUGUCUGGGUUUUUUGACGAUGUAUGCAUCAUGGGUCUUGUUUUUUAUGCUGAUGAUCAUUGCAUCAGCGACUUUUAUCCAUUUUGUUGCUCCGCAAGCUAUAGGUUCCGGAAUGCCUGAAAUGAAAACGAUCAUCCGGGGCGUCAUUUUGAAAGACUACCUCACGUUUCGAACGCUCGUUUCGAAAGUAGUCGGCUUGAUAUUCUCGUUAGGAAGUGGGGCCCCGAUUGGAAAAAUGGGCCCAUUUGUACAUAUCGCAUCGGUUAUUGCGAGUCAAUUGUGCUCAUUUGCCGCCCGUUUUGAUCGGGCAUUCGGAUCAGAAACUCGACGAAUGGAAACGUUGACAGCGGCUUGUGCUGUCGGGGUUGCAUGUACAUUUAGUGCACCCGUUGGCGGUGUACUCUUUUCAAUCGAAGUUACUACCAUGUACUUUUCGGUCAGGAAUUAUUGGAGAGGCUUUUUCGCCUCUUGUUGUGGAGCGAUAACUAUUCGAUUGCUCAAGGGUGUAUUUGCUGAGACGGAAGUAACAACGAGUGCAUUCUUUCAAACACACUUUCCAAAGGAUCCGUAUGUGGCCGAUGAGCUGCCAUUAUUUGCCUUGCUCGGAAUAAUUUGCGGUAUAUUCGGCACAGCGUAUAUAUUACUUUAUAAACAUUUGACUAUGUUUAGGUGGCUCGUUUAUCCGUUGCUGGUCUCCUUUAUCCUCGGGUUGGUGACAUUUCCCUACGGUCUUGGGCAAUUUUUUACGGGAAGGCUGCGUUUCGCCCGUAACCUGAAGGACUUCUAUCUGAACUGCACAUUCAGUGCGGCAACGGAUAGCCCGACGACUUGUUCACAAGACUAUCGGUCUCCUUUUAUAGACCCGGAGCUGCCACAUUUAUGGAUGUUAUUCCUUUAUGUUACCGCAACGUUCUUCCUAUCCAUCGUCUCGGUGACGCUGCCAAUUCCGGGCGGGAUAUUUAUGCCGAGUUUUGUGAUUGGAGGUGGAAUAGGUCGAAUGCUCGGCGAAUUCACUUCACAAAUGGCCCCUAAUGGAAUUGUAUCGAAUCAUUUCAUUAUGCCUGGCGUUUAUGCAGUUGCAGGCGCUGCCAGUUUUGCUGGGGCUGUCACCCAUUCAGUUUCCGUAUCCGUGAUUGUUUUCGAGUCGACUGGCCAGCUCCAUUGCAUAUUGCCCGUCAUGAUCUCGGUCAUCAUUUCAAAUGCAAUUAGUACCUAUUUAACUCCUUCGUUUUUUGAUACUAUCAUUAAAAUCAAGCAUCUACCAUUUUUACCCGAUAUCUUGCCAUCGAAUAACAGGGUUCAUACCAUUGUUGCUGAAAGUAUUAUGGCAUCACCUGUGCGCUUCUUGUGUCGGACAACAACUUAUGAAGCUGUCAGGCAGAUGUUAACCGAUGACCCGCCCCUUCGUAUAUUUCCGGUGGUUGAUGGAGACACUACCCAAAUGUUAAUUGGGACCGUCACGAGAAGAACAUUAUUAGAAUUAUUGCAAGAGCAGGUUGGGGAUGAAGCUAGAAAGAUGGAAGCCGAAAAGCGAGUACGAAGGGCAAUUGAAACGAUUGAUAAGCACUUUAAGAAGACUCAAGAGAAUCGACAUUUUCUGGAGAAGGAUCCCCGAAACGACGGAAUUCGUUCCAAGGCCGGAGGAAUGCUUGCUGUAGUGUUGAAGCGGAAAUGCGACAGGAUCCAGGGGCUAUGGGUAGCUCAAAUCAAUUUUCUGGCUUCAACGGAUUUAGAAAAUCCUAAUACUGAUUACUCGGAUGAUCGCCAUCAAUUUUCCCUCAAUUCCUUCCAUGUGGAUUAUCAAAAAAUCAUGAAAGGGUAUCUUCAACAAGCCAAGCGUUAUAUCAGCAAUUUGAAAGGGCAUGCCAAGAAGGAAGGCUCACACUUUACAUUAUAUGAUUUGACUGGGAUAGAAAAAGAACAAUGGGAGGCUAGUCGGCUGCAGGAGAGAUUUACCUUUCCCGAAGAUUUAAUAGACCCUGCACCCUUUCAACUUGUCAAGAGGACUUCAUUACAUAAGAUCCAUUCAAUUUUCUCUAUGAUGCAGCUAACAAAGGCCUACGUAACUGAUUGUGGCCGUGUUGUUGGUGUCGUGGCACUUUGUGAUGUGCGCCACGCCCUGGAAAACAGCCAAACGCUUCAGAAUGAUUUACCGCAGGAUCAGCGGCCGCCCAUCAAGAAGGAUUCGGGGUAUAAGGAGGCGCUGCGCGAUGUUUUGACGCCGGCCAUUGAAGUGAUUAUACCGAGUGUCAAUGGGAAAGAUGGGUGCUAUGUGCAGCUGGGAUCGGAUCCGGAACACGGAAUUUCACGGCCGAUCACUUUGAAGUUGCAGCCGGAAGUUGAAGCAAGAGUUUCAGAUAGGAAGCAUGGCACAAAGAGAGAUUCUUUGGUCGGAACCCAAGCUGAAGAAGUCGUAGACGCCAUGGCCUACCUACGUCGAAAAUCUACAGUACACCGCGAAACCAGAACGCCAAAUCCAAAACCCGCAACCGAA